UGUCAAGACGCACUCACAUGACUUUUCUCUUGUGACUCACAUUCCUUCUCAAACGACAUUUAAUAGGUGCAUGUACUAUGUGAUCAUGUUUAUUUCAGUUGAUAAUGAACAUUUUACUGAUGUUUGGCUAAUCGUGAGAUUGGGUAGCGUAAAAUAAUAGAGGCAGGCGAUUCACGUAGAACGUAGUUCAGGAACUCGAUUGAAGUUGAAUGACACAAGUGAAGUUACGAUGGAGAGAGGUUAAAUUUUUAAACCCAGUUGCUACUUUUCGACAGAUCACCAAUGGCUGAGACAGCUGCAUUGACGGAUUCAAGAAGAUGCCUUUCCUUCUUCCUCUAUGAUAGUUCAAAGGUGCAAGAGGAGAGGGACCUGACCAGAAAUGGGAUAUGCUACUUUUAUCCUGAGGAUACGCCAAUGGACCAACAGGAGCUCCUUUGCGGGCAGCUGGCCGGUGUGUGUCGGUGUGUGUCUGAAAUGUCCUCAUCACCCGUACGCCUGCUUCGUCUGCGCAAAAGCAAAUAUGCGGUUCGCAUGAAGGAUAAAUUUAUUUGGGCUUUAAGCUGUGUGGUAGAUAUUCCAGAUGUGAGUGUAUGUGACUUCCUAGAUCAGCUGAUUGACCUCUUCUGUUUCUAUAAUGGACAAGUGCGGCAGAGCUACCAGUUGUACACUGAGGAGGAGUUGGCACUUCAAUGGGCCAGAUACCUCUCUUACCUGCAGGGCGGCUCCACUGAGCUGCACAACAUCUUCAGCUGCCUGAGGACAAUUGACUCCACACAUAUCGAUCCACUGCUGUUGCUGAAGGCUGCCCUGAUUCUACAAGCAUGUCAGCGAUGUCCUCUUGUGUUAGCAGGCUGCAUUCUGUACAGGGGCAGGGUGGUGAGCACUCAGAUGCCUCCUGGUCUGACAGUGAAGGUGAUGGUAUACGAGACAGAAACAUACAGCCAGGAUUACAGGGUGAUGGCCAAUGGCCUGAGCUCAUCUGUGGGCACACCACCAUCCUUCACAGUAACCACACAGGUGUUCCUAAAACCCACUGAACUGCACAUGUUGCGCUGCCCCCCAGUGGAUAGAGCAUGCAGGUCUCAUUGCACUCAACCUCCAUGUCGUCCCAGAGGCAAGUCCCGCCUCCUGUCACGCACUUUAUCCGACACCCCAAUCACAGAGACUGACUCUUCCAACUUAGACCCCACCCAGUGUCCUCCACCAUCCUAUCAGACGAUGCCAUCCUCUGCACGCUCCUCCCUCUCUGAUGAACUUUGUUUCAGCUCCUCUCCCUCUAUGGUUUACACCCCCCUUCACGCUAGUCUUAUGAACAAAUCAGAGUAUUUCACACCUGAGUCACACAACCACAGCAUGUCUAAUGGAACAAACUUGGGUAAGGUAAAAGAACAGAGUUUGACAGGAAGUCUGAUAGGCCUGAACAGUAAGGAGGAAGCAUGCCAGGAUGUAGAUGAAAAGUUGGAGUCAGGGAGUAUCAACUCUGAGUCAAAAUCUAAAAGUGAGGGUUUAAGUUCAGACCAGGAAAGUGGAGCACUAACCAAUGGGUAUCAAUCAGAUGACUCUUACCAUGACAACCAGAUUGACAGGACUGAAGGAAAGAGGCUGGACACUAACAAUCAUGUGACCAAUAAAAAUGACACAUUCCAAGGAGAGACAGAGGAAGAGGCAAGACGAAUGAGCGAGCAAGUAGUAGGAGAAGAACAAAGGCUGAAGCAGAAUGCAAAGAGCAAAAAUGACCCCCCAAAUGGCUCCCCACCACAUGAGACCCUAGCAGACGCCUCUCUAGUGCCGACAAUACUGUACCAGCACAGAGUCAGAGGCCUGGUACUAGCCCUGCUGGUAGAGCCAGAAUUCAACACCGACCCAACCGCCAGAGAGGAAGUGUAUCACAGCAGCUUGGCAUCUCUGAAUGGGCUUGAGGCUCACUUGAGGAAUACCUCGCCUGGGACCCCCAGCCCAUCAGGGCCGUACACUUUUGCCCACUAUGACUGCAUUCAGAACACUCUCACUACUAAUGUAUGUGGCCGCUCGGCUGGGCCCCAGGAUCGCUCCUUUGUGAGGGCCACUGCGCUGCUCCAUUCCCAUUUCUCACACACGGACACUCUACAUGAAGCUAUUGUCAGGAAUGCUGGCUCAGCAGUAUACGGAACCCGUAGUACGGCCCAGGAGACGUAUUUUCUCCAGCAGGGAACACCUGUCAGAAACUCUGGGAGUCCUGAUGCUCAGGAUAGUGCCUUCUCAUUGCCCAGAAAAGCCCGUCAGCGACUCCUUAAACAUGGAGUUAACCUGCUUUAACUGGGCUCCAGUUUAAAACUCAGUCCAUUUAAUCUCCUUUUAAGUCCCUUUUAUUAUUUCAUAGACAUACUCUGUUUUAAUCUUGCUCAUACCACUUAUAGAGUAAUACUGUUUCUUUGUGGAACUAUGUUUCAGAUGUUCACAGUUCAUUAAUUUCAUCAUAAACAGUAAAGUGUCAAAUGUACUGUCACCAGAAAUAGUCCACUUUUAGCACUAAAAUACAGAAAUGUGUCUGUAAUUUGAUGCUGCGGUUCUGCUGUAAGCACUUGCUAUUUAAUCAGUGAUUAUUCUAAGACACAGAGAAAAGGAGCCUGGUUUUACAAGUGAUGCAAACCAUUCAGUAUUAAAGAUAGAUGUGUAUAAAUAGUAAUUAUUGAACCUUUUUUUUUUUUUUUUUUUAAUGGAGCAGAAUUGUUAUUGAAUAUGAAUAAACAUCCUUUGGUAAACCAGUUUGAGUC